AAUAGUAUUAAAAUUUAUGAAAAAAAAACAAAUUCAACAAUUGUAAUUUGUAAAUUUUACAAAAAAGUAAUAUUUGAAGAUUUUUGUUAUUAGAAUAAAAACACCUUUAUAGGUGAGUUAAAUGAAAUAUUAUUGAUUGUCAUUUGCUUUUAAUAUUCUCACUGGUAUAAGGAUGAUACAGAUUUAUUAAUCAAAAAAAGAUAUUUUCAUUAUAAAUUUUAAUAUAAACAAUUAAAAUGGGAGUGAAAGAAGCAAUGAAUUAUAUAAUGUUUAAUAAUCCGAUUUCAUCGGGAACAAUUUAUGUUGCAAAAAAUGCGGCUAGUUCUCUCGGCUUGAAAGGAAAACCUGGAAAAUUGAUAGCAAUGACUCCACCCGAUUUAUAUCAAUUGGCAUCAUCGAAAGGACCAUUUAUCAGAUUAGCCGGUAUCAGCGGUGCAAUUGCUGUUAUUUUGGCUGCUUAUGGCUCCCACAGGAGGUUUUCACCUGAUGAAAAAGGUAUUGAAGAAAGAAGAGUAUUUGAAACGGCUUCGAAAUUUCAUUUCCUUCAUACAUUGACGCUAAUAUCAUUGCCACUCUGCAGAUUUCCAUUUUUAUCUGGGACUUUACUUCUGUCGGGCAUUACAUUAUUUUGUGGUCCAUGUUAUUAUUCAUCAUUUACCGGCGACAAAUCAUACUCCAGAUUAACACCUGUAGGUGGAAUGUGCUUCAUUCUAGGAUGGUUGUCAAUGUGCCUUUAGAAAAAAAGGACAUUCUUCAAAUUUAUUCUUAACUAUCAUGAAUAAUUUAAAUUUCUUCCACCUGAAAAGAAAUUUGUUUAAAUGUUACGUUAUUUUCUUAAGAAAUUUAAGAAAACUUUUCAUGUAUAUGACUUUUUAUACUUCAACAAAAAUGUAGUUUUUUAAUAAUUCUACUUAAAAUAAAACUUAAUUAAUAAAAUAAAA